CAACAUUGAGGGCAGAGCAUGUUUAACUGCCGGAAGUCUAGGUGCUGUAUGGGCAAAAUGAUGCAGUCUUGAAGAUAAUCAUUUACAAAGCGACUCAGCUCGAAUGUCCUGGCUGUGAGGGCAGCACAUAGGCAAGACAGAGCCUACCCUUUUAAGACAUGGUGUUCUACUCAAGGUCGACAAGGUGGCUUAGCAUGCGAUACAUGCUAUUUAUGAUGCAGUCGUGAUAAACUAAUAAUUAGUCUGGUUAAAGUCAAUUGAUAUGCUUUUAGGCGGCUUCAUCCGUUCGGUUCGGAGAUGGUGCAGCGAGUUUCUUAUCGGGGAUGUGAUACGUCAUGAGGGCCAAGGCGGGCAUCGCUGGUUUCCCGCCAGACCGACUUUGACCCCUCCAGAUCAUCAUCAAAUUGCUCUCUACAAAGAUUGAACAAUGCCGUUGAUAUCUGCUUUUCGUCCUCGGUCUACACGGACCUCAUCUCUCCGGCAUAGACCCCGGAGGCAACGGAGGUCUCCGAAACGCAAUGAUAUCCAACACAAUCGCGAAGUUGAUCAGGAUCAAGACAACGAUGAUGAGGAUGAUGAUGCGCACUCCAUCAUUACACCCUCCAAACAUACCCCCAAGGCGAUUCGGAUGCUACGGGGCUCCGUGUCAUCAGGUGGUCCCUUACGGCCAUUUCGUCUGAUAAAGCAGGAUAUCAUGAACUUGCGACGCCGAUAUAUAUCCGAUUGGACAGUGUUCAAUCAGCUAGUCUUCGCGAGUGCUGUCUACGUUUUCUUCACGAAUCUCCUUCCGGGGAUUACUUUUGCGAGUGAUCUCUAUGUUCUUACUGGCAAGAACUGGGGGACUAUUGAAGUCGUAUUCAGUACAGGCCUAUGCGGAGUUAUUUUUUCACUGCUCUCCAUCCAACCGCUGACGAUCCUUGGGGUUACUGGACCAUUCUCAGUAUUGGCUGAGAAUAUCUAUGCAUUGUGCGAAGAAGUCUUCAAUGUAUCAUUCCUGCCGUUCAUGGCCUGGUCCCUGAUCCAUGCUGCAUGGCUUCACUAUCUCCUAGCCAUUAUCAACGCCCAUGACUGGACAAUGCGCUAUGUCACCACCUUUGCAACGGAGAUCUUUUCUCUCCUCAAUAGCAUUAUCUACUUCCACAAAGCUAUUCAAGAGCUUGAAAGAGCCCACGAGAGCCUUUCUUUUGCAGCAUUUCUGUACGCUGUCAUAGGUGCAGUGGGAACGAUGCUCCUCGCGAUAUUCCUAUCCACAGCAGAAAGCUGGCGCCCCUUGUUCCAUCGAUAUAUACGAAUGGGCCUAGCAGAAUACGCUGCUGCAAUCUCCAUCAUCAUCUUCAUUGGAUUGCCUCACGUCGGGGAACUAGCCCAUCUAGAUAAGAUGACCCUCCCUGUCAGUACCUCUUUCACACCUACAUCUCCUACUCGUGACAGAUUCCUCGUCGAAUUCUGGCACCUACCCGUAGGUUGGGUUUUCGCCGCUAUAGUCCCAGGGAUCAUCAUCACCAUUCUCUUCUUCUUCGACCACGAAGUCAGCUCAAUAAUAUGCACAAUCGAUCGAUAUGGAACCAAAAAGCCGGGCGGCUUUGCUUGGGAUAUCGUUCUUCUAGGGACUACAACAGCCCUAUGCGGCAUUCUUGGAAUACCACCUGCCAAUGGGCUUCUACCUCAAGCUCCCCUUCACUCAGAGUCCCUAAUGCAUACCGAGAAAGAACAGCGCACGAUCACUGUCGACGGAGAAGAAAAGCUCGAAACGUACGAGGUAAAACGAGUUUACGAACAGCGCUGGUCCUCAUUUCUCCACUCAGCCGUUAUUCUCCUCUUUAUCAGCCCGCCAUUUAUGAUAGUCCUCGGGUUGACUCCGACAAGCGUCCUAGCAGGCUUAUUCAUGUUCAUGGGCGAGCAGAGCUUAUCCGUCAACCCAAUCCUCUACCGAACCUUCUACCUCCUCACCCCGCCCUCCGAACUUCCUCCUCUCCCCCCAUCUCUUGCAAAACAACAUAGCACCCCCGAAGAAGAGACCCCAACACCUUCUUACAUCCCCAUCCACCUCUACACAAUCCUCCAAAUAAUCAUCACAGUAGCCAUCUUCAUCCUCACGCUCACCCGCGGCGCGCCCGCAUUCCCAGUCCUCAUUGUCGCGUUAGUCCCAUUCCGUCUCUUGAUCAUGAAGCGCUGGUGGCCGCGCGAAGUGUUGCGGUUCGUAGACGCGUGGGCAUGUAGGGAGGGGACACCGGAGGACGACGAAGACGCUGAGGCGAAGAUGCGCAGUGAACAAGGAGGUGGAGUUCUUACUCCGCAGGACCCCUCUGGUUCUGAUACUGCCGUGACAGAGGACAUGAGGAACAGCGAAGGGAUUGACCUAGGUCUUGCUGAUAGGAAUCGCGUUGAUGAAACAGGUAAUGAGUGGGUCGAGUUGGGAGUCUGAGGUCGUGCCGAUGAAGAGUCGGGAGGUCGAUUGCACCACACCGACAAGUAAUCGCUACAGCUUGUCUUGCGGAAAUGGUUUGAGGGAAAGGGCAAUUUUACGACAUCGACGCUAUAACGAUCAUACCUUACACGAGGAACGAAACAUGUCUAUAG